AUGGGAUCGAAGCAAUGUCAGCAUCCGGCUCCGACCUAUCGCGUUUUAGAGACGUAUUGGGACAGCGAUGAGGAUGCUCCCGGACCUCGCUGCGGCCACACUCUCACCGCCGUCGCUGACACCAAAAAUCACGGCCCCCGCAUCAUCCUAUUUGGAGGCGCCACCGCUAUCGAGGGUGGCAAUGGCGGAGCCCCUGGCAUCCGGUUAGCUGGAGUAACGAAUUCUGUUCAUUCCUAUGAUGUUCUCACUAGAAAAUGGACCAGACUCCGACCGGCUGGUGAGCCGCCGUCUCCUAGGGCUGCGCAUGCUGCAGCAGCUGUUGGCACCAUGGUCGUGUUUCAGGGUGGAAUAGGUCCUGCCGGGCAUUCUACGGAUGAUUUGUAUGUGCUUGACUUGGCCAAUGAUAAAUACAAGUGGCACCGGGUUGUUGUUCAAGGACAGGGUCCAGGGCCAAGAUAUGGCCAUGUCAUGGACUUGGUGGCACAAAGAUACCUUGUUACCGUUAGCGGCAAUGAUGGAAAAUUAGUGCUGUCUGAUGCUUGGAUUUUGGACACAGCCCAAAAACCAUACAUGUGGCAGAAGCUUAAUCCAGGAGGUGAUAGACCUUCUGGUAGAAUGUAUGCAACGGCUAGUGCACGAUCAGAUGGUAUGUUUUUGCUUUGUGGUGGAAGAGACACUUCAGGCACGCCACUAGCAGAUGCUUAUGGACUGCUUAUGCAUAGGAAUGGGCAGUGGGAGUGGACUCUGGCACCGGGGGUUGCACCUUCCCCGAGGUAUCAACAUGCUGCGGUUUUUGUUGGUGCAAGAUUGCAUGUUACUGGGGGUGUUCUUAGGGGUGGACGAGCAGUAGAAGGUGAAGCAGCAAUUGCAGUACUGGACACUGCUGCUGGAGUUUGGCUGGAUAGAAAUGGGCUGGUGACUUCACGGAGCAACAAGUUGCAUGCUGAGGAUGCCUCUUUGGAGGUCAUGCAUCGUCAUCGCCAUGCAGCUGCAUCUGUUGGUGUUCGAAUAUAUGUUUAUGGUGGUCUUAGAGGAGAUACUUUGUUAGAUGAUUUUAUGAUUGCAGAAAAUUCUCCAUUUCAAUCUGACAUCAAUUCCCCAGUAUUAACAUCUGAAACAGCCUCAACAACAAGAAGUCCAAGUGCAAACACAAAUUCUAUGGAGAAAUUGGCUCAGGCAUCUGCUGCAGAAGCCGAGGCUGCUAAUGUUGUCUGGAGGGCAGCACAGGCAUCAGUUCACCCUGAAGAAGCUUCUGUAUCAGAUAACAAUUUGCAAGAUGCAGAGACCAUGUUGGAGGGAAGUGACAUCGAGGCUGAUGUUCGCCUUCAUACUAGAGCGGUUGUAGUUGCAAGAGAAGCUGUGGGGAACUUGGGGGGUAUGAUUAGGCAGUUAUCCUUGGACCAAUUUGAAAAUGAAAGUAGACGAAUGAUUCCAUUGCAUAAUGAUCUGUCACAUCCAAUCAGAAAGUUCAUGAGGCAGAAGUCUCCUCAAGGCUUGCAUAAAAAGAUCAUAUCUACUUUGCUUAAGCCUCGACAUUGGAAGCCUCCUGCUAACAGAAAGUUCUUCUUGGACUCAUAUGAAGUGAGUGAGCUUUGUUACGCCGCUGAGCAGAUAUUCAUGCAUGAGCCCACGGUUCUUCAGCUGAAAGCUCCUAUCAAAGUGUUCGGUGAUCUUCAUGGACAGUUUGGUGAUCUGAUGCCCGACAAACUACUUAUACCUAAAGGAUCCACUGCAGGAGACAUAACUUAUAUUGACUAUUUGUUUCUGGGAGACUAUGUCGAUCGAGGACAGCACAGCUUGGAGACCAUCACUUUGCUACUGGCUCUAAAAAUUGAAUACCCAGAGAAUUUUCACUUGAUACGUGGGAAUCAUGAAGCUGCUGACAUUAAUGCACUUUUUGGCUUUCGCAUUGAAUGCAUUGAGAGAAUGGGAGAGAGCGAUGGGAUAUGGGCUUGGACACGUUUCAAUCAAAUGUUUAACUGUCUUCCACUUGCUGCACUGAUUGAGAAGAAAAUAAUCUGCAUGCAUGGUGGCAUAGGUAGGUCAAUAAACACAGUAGAACAGAUAGAGAAACUCGAGAGGCCUAUAACAAUGGAUGCCGGGUCGAUAGUACUCAUGGAUUUGUUGUGGUCUGAUCCCACCGAAAAUGACAGUGUAGAGGGUUUGAGACCAAAUGCCAGAGGACCUGGUCUUGUCACAUUCGGGCCUGAUCGAGUCACAGAAUUCUGUAAGAAGAACAAAUUGCAACUAAUCAUAAGAGCACAUGAAUGUGUUAUGGACGGAUUCGAACGAUUCGCUCAGGGCCAGUUAAUCACUUUAUUUUCUGCAACCAACUAUUGUGGAACGGCGAACAAUGCUGGGGCAAUAUUGGUUGUUGGUAGAGGGUUGGUUGUUGUUCCUAAACUAAUUCAUCCAUUACCACCUCCUCUUCAGUCCCCAGAGACAUCCCCCGAGCGAUUUACGGAUGAUACAUGGAUGCAGGAGCUCAAUAUUCAAAGACCACCAACACCGACACGAGGUCGCCCACAGCCCAGCCUCGACCGAAAUUCACUUGCCUAUAUUUAA